UAAAUGAAUACCAUUUUCAUGUACAACCAAUUUGUGAUCAGCAGAGUUGUUAGUCAAAUAUGAUGUAAAAUGUGUUUGAAACAGCUCUGAGGCAGCUGGAACUACUACCAUUAACAAAAGUUUACAUUAUAUCAUUUUAAAGUCAGGUAGGUUACACAUAGUGGUUUUUAAAGGGAAGAUGACACAGAGGGGUGGAAACUCAUGGAGGCUUUUAGAGCAUCAUGAAGAUAAACUGUAAAAAAUAAAAUAAAAAUAAAAAGGACUUCAGUAUUCCCAAAACCAUAUCUAUGGCCCAAACACCCACUGAGCUGAAGUGUCCUUGUACAAGGCACUGCGCCAUCCGGAGCUUAGGAUCUUCCUACAGAAAUCCAGAAAGAUUAAAUUCAUUGCCUCAUUGUUCCUGCGCCAUUCUGGUUUUGAGCUUUGUCCAUAAACAUACAUGGGCCGCGAGCGAGGGCACAUCUCGACGUUUCAGUGACGUAGACAGAUAACGACGUUUCCGUAGCAACUGGGGCCGGUCCGUUAACCGCAGCGACCGCUGUACUACCGGAGCUCAUCGAGGAGUAGGGGGGGGAAUUGUCGUCGGUAACCGGAUACCACCUCUGUCUUGUGGGGCGUAGAGACACGGGGGCGACGCAGUAUCGAGGCGGCGAGCCCGCAGUUCCGUGCGGAGAUGCUGAAUAUGUGGAAAGUCAGAGAGCUGGUGGACAAAGCCACCAAUGUGGUGAUGAACUACUCAGAGAUCGAGUCCAAGGUGAGAGAGGCCACGAAUGAUGACCCCUGGGGACCCUCCGGACAACUGAUGGGAGAAAUAGCCAAAUCUACCUUUAUGUAUGAGCAGUUCCCAGAGGUGAUGAACAUGCUGUGGACCAGGAUGCUGAAAGACAACAAGAAGAACUGGAGACGAGUCUACAAGGCUUUACUGCUGCUGGCCUAUCUGAUCAGGAAUGGGUCUGAAAGAGUCGUCACCAGUGCCAGAGAACACAUCUACGACCUGCGAUCUCUAGAAAACUACCACUUCAUCGAUGAGAAUGGGAAGGAUCAGGGCAUCAAUGUGCGUCAGAAGGUGAAGGAGAUGGUGGAGUUCGUCCAGGACGAUGACAGACUGAGAGAGGAGAGGAAGAAAGCCAAGAAGAACAAAGAUAAAUACAUUGGAGUCUCCUCUGACAGUAUGGGAGGAGGAGGAGGAGGAGGAGGAAGCAUUAAGAAUGCUAAUGAGUUGGAUCGGAGUAAGUGGGAUGAGGACUGGGAUAAGAGCAGAGGAGCUUUCCCCUUUAGUGAGAAGCUCGGAGAGAUCAGUGACAAGAUAGGCAGCACCAUCGAUGACACACUCAACAAGUUCAGAAAGAAGGAGCGAGAUGACUCACCCGACAGAAUCAGUGACAACGAGGAGGACAGAGCAUCCAGAAAUGGAAGGCAGGAAACCCUUGAGUUCAAAGAUGAGGAGGAAACUGUCACAACGAAGAGCAUCCAGAUCACACAAGCAACAGAAACCACAACCACUACCACACGGAAACGGAGUGGAGCAACAAGCAGCAAGACUCUGGACCUGGGGGCUGCAGCCCACUACACUGGAGACAACAGCCCAGAGGAGAAGUCAUCGAUCAGGCAGUCUUCCAGUAGCGGUCUAGCUGACCUGCUAGUGAUUGACCCUUCAUCCAAUCAGAGCACAGGUGGCAGUUCAGACCUCAUUGGUGGCUUUGCUGACUUCUCCUCUCCUGCGGCCUCUGCCAGCCUCCCAGCCUCCACUGCUGCUGCAUCAGCCAAUGGAAAUGGAGAAUUUGGAGACUGGAAUGCCUUCUCAGUCAAUCCACCAGCUUCAUCUAGCUCUGGUCCCUCCCAGCCCAUCACUGACCUGUUUGGCAGCGUCCAGUCACCAACAACCCCUGCCUCUAAUCCCACCCCCGUCCCACCAUCUGCCGAGCUCUUUGACCUGAUGGGUGGAGUUAACCAUCAACUAACCAAUCCACAUACAACACUGAGCGCGUCUCAGAGCAUGACUUUCUCUCUAGGAGGGGCAACGCCAGGAGCAUCUGUUGCUAUGCCCACCAUGCCCCUUUCUCGCUCUCAACAGAGCUUGGGGGGCAUGACAUCUCAGCAGCCUAUAGGACAACAGCAGAAGGUUGGCGUUGGUCAAGGAUCGUUAGGGUCGACCUGGUCUGACCCCUCCGUCAACAUCAGCCUGGACUUCCUAUCAGCGGGCCUCAACCCCACUAAGACACCGCCCACACUCAACAAUAUCAUCCAGCAACAAGGAGUGCCUCCCGUCAACCUGUUGGCCCAGAACUUUGGAGGACUGAACCUCAGCUCCCCGCCACACAUGACACCCAUUAGACCACCAGCCAAUCCCAUGAUGGCAGGCAGUGCCAUGACGAUGGGCAUGCCCCCUUCAAUGACCACGGGUACCAUGGGGAUGGGGGGAAUUCCUGUAAACCAAGGCAUGAUGGGAAUGAACAUGAGCAUGAAUAUGGGCAUGGCUGCUCCAGUGAUGAUGAGUGGUAUGGCUGGCAUGGGAGUGCCAGGAGUAGGGAUGGGCCUUGCACACUCCAUCACCCCAGCCGUGGUUCCACCCAAACAAGAUGCCUUUGCUAACUUUGGCAGUUUUGGGAAAUGAAGGAGUGCAAAUACGUGUGUGUGUGUGUGUGUGUGUGUGUGUGUGUGUGUGAGUGCGAGUGUGUGUGUGAGUCUGCAUGUCUGACAUUAUGAGAGUGUGAACUACAGAAGGACUGCUGUACUUGAAGACAACCUUGCAUGUUUCUCUUUCUGUUUCUGCUCUCAUUGGCAAGCUGGCACCAGUGAUCGUUCACCACGAUCUUGUAGGUCGGGGAGAGUGCCCACUGGUGCACAGGGGUAAUCUGAUGUGUGAAGAAAUUACGUCACACGGAGGACACCUGAAGAGCAGGGAAGGUGACAGCCCACAGCCUCUAGUCGUUAUUUUCCUGCGGGGAAAGGAUCCUCGUCUUUACCAGUUUUUUUUUAUGAACUAUAGUAUUUCCCCCUUUAUUGCAAAAAAUCACUGCAAAAAAGAUUUUCGCUGUAACUGCACAGAAAAUUCAAUCAGUAGAGUUGACUGACUCAAAUUAAAAUGGCAUUGCUGCCUUAAUUUUGCAUUGUAGCCUGAGAUAUCAUGUUUUAUAUAUAAUUUCAACCAAAUUCAGUUGUAAAAUUUAAGCCAUUAUAUUAUAGCCAGGGGCUGACUCUAUUACGGUCUCUCGCUCCCUGUGCAAAUAUAUAACAGUUACAGUAUCUGGAAUAUACUGAAUCAAUACUCUGGUCCUCCAGCAGAGGGCAGGGUGGGUGUAUGCAUUGAGAUAACAGUGUAUGGUCAUGCUUAUUCUUGAGCCAUAUUAGGGCGGAUGAAUUGCAUAUUAGAUCCUCUUUGUCUCCCCUCUCCUCUUAUCAGGCAGUUCACAAUAACUCAAUGUACAGUAGGACAGCUAAAGUUUUAUUGCUGUUUUAAAAGACAACAUGAGUGAAGCCUUGAACUGCUCAGAACAAAGAUCCCUAAAAUACUGUUGGGCUCUUUAUAUUACAAUAAUCUACUUUCCAUUUUGGAUGCCUCUGUCAGAUUAAUGCCUGAUGAAAGGGUCAGUCAGUAUUUUAUUCACUGAUAUUUUCUCUUUAUGUCUAUCUCAGACAUGCUGUUGUAGGGCACUUGACAUUAUGUAAGCAUUGCUUUCUGACCCACAUGUAUAUUCUGUCUAUUCUACUUUUGCAUACAGACACUGUGUAUGAAUAGAGGUACAGAAUAAUGUUGUUUUUUUUAAAGAGUAUUUUCCAACUGGCUGUGGGAGAGGAGGGUAAAAUGAUGGUCACCAUCUACAAGACUGAACAUCACAAUUCUCUAAAUUCCUUCCAUGUUUAAGGCAGUGGCACACCGCAGAAUUUUUGGGACAACCCAGCAAUGUACCUUUAAUUACAAAGUAUUUUUGCCAGAAAACAUUUUUCACCCUGCAACUCACUUGGUGGUCGUAUGGUGCAAGGGUCUCAUAUCUGCGCCUCACAAACCGUGUACUAGAAAAUAACCACCUUUACAUUUGACGGAUGUUACAUGUGGAUUAGAUAAAUUGGAGGAAUGUUUUCAUCAGCUGAGUUUUAAUAAAUGAUUUCUGUGGCUAGCUGAGAUCAGUCUAAAGGGUUUUGGGGUCUCGAGUGAAGUGAACGUGUGAGAAAAGAGUGAACGAGUGUGUGUGAUUUUGUGUAUGGGUAUAGUUUUCUCUGUUUGAUGUGCAAACACAGCUAAGCAGAGCCUCUUGUCAUUUUCUGAGGCACUGCACUCCAAAUGACCAAAUCUUUAUUUUGUUACUCUCAGAAGGAUGAUUCCAUAGCUAUUAGUUUAAUAUUUUAUUAGUUUACUUGUAUGGUUAUGUUCAUAUGGGAGAGCUAUUAAUAAUAUAAUUUAGUUGACAGGAAUCACGUUUUUUCUUUCUUUUUCGGUACAGCUAGUUUAAUUUGAUUGUACUCUAUAUUUUCUGUACUUCAUUCGACAUUAAAUUAAAUUAUAACAUUAAA